GAGAGAAAAAGAAAGAAAUAGAAAGAAAGAUAGAAGAUCUUAUGCAUACAGUAUAAACAGACUUAUACGUGUUUACGUACGUACAAGUGCGUGAAAAAGACAUAGAGAGAGAGAAAGAGAGAGAGAGAGAGAGAGAGAAAGAGAGAGAGAGAGAGAGAAAGAGAGAGAAACAGAAACGUCCCACGCCGAGGUCGAGUAAAGUCUCGAAGGUAGGGAAUCGGCGUUCUCCAUAAGCUGAAGAGUGAACAGAGAGAGAGUGAGAGAAGAGAGAAGAGAGAAGAGAGAAGAGAGACCUCGUUCAGAAAGAGAGAGAGAGAGAGAAUGAGAUAGAGAGGUGGAGAGAGUCAUCGUGUUUGGUCACUAGGGCCCGCGAGUUGGCCGCAAUGCCACAUCGACGUGCGAUAUCGAGCAGAGAACAUCAGUGAAACACACGCCUCUUCCUGCGGAACGGAGCUUGGAAAGCAACAAAGAGAGGGAGAGAGAAAAAGAGAGGAAGGAGAACAAGAGGAAGAGACCGGUAGAGAAGAGAAGAGAAGAGAAGAGGAGCAACUAGAGAAAAAGAAAGAAAGAAAACAGUGAGACAGAGAUAUAACAAUAAAGAAACAAGUCAGAGAAGAUCUUUUUUAUAUCUAUUUUUUGUUUUUUCGUCUUUUUAUACGUAAUUCUCGUGGUAUCGACAAUAGCGUUUCUUUCGAGUAAUUAAACUGAACGAUUCGUAUUGCGAUAAAAGCAAAUUAAACGUGAAAACAAGUGUGAUAAAAAGUAACGUAAUUGUCUUUCGCUGAUCGAAAAAAAAGAAACAAAAAUAAGAAGAGAGAGGGAGAAGAAAAGAGACAGGAAUAAAAAUAUAAAGCGAGCUUUACGAAGUUAGCGAGGCGUAGGUGGAGAUAACUGAUCUAUUUAUAGAUAAUUAUCUCAAUUGUUUUCGAAAUUAUUUUCCAUAAUAUCCGAAGGAUAGAAGAUCGCGAUAGAUCUAAUUAGAUCUUGCAUAAUUACGUAUAAAUCCAAGUGGUAAGGAUGACUAUACAUCGUAAGAAAGAUUCAACGGGGACCGUCCGUGGGACAAAAGAUGGCGGCGAAAGGACGAUAACGUCAUCCAGUCGAAAUAAUACAGGAGAGAUACAGGCAUCUACGAGUGUUGUUGAGACAGUGGUAUUGUCUUCCAGUAGCGUUCUCGAAGAAGCAAAAAAAACAAUUGUAGAGAGCGAAUCCAGGAGUAGCAUCGUUGAAAGUAGCAAUACGAGUCGCGAGGUUAUCAUGGAUUCUAAAGGUAACGUCAUACGUGUGAUCGAGACAACGUCACCGAAAUCGGCAACGAAAAGUUUGACCGAAAGAACCGGGAAAAGUUGUGAGGAUUUUAUUAACGCAGAAAAGAGUACGACUAAACAACAUGGGAAGACGUUUGUACAAGAUCAAAGAUCCGAAAUGUUGUCCUCCUCGACUAGCGAGAUACACGAGACGAUGGAUCAUCACGGUGAUAUCCAAGUGUCCUCGUCAAGUUCGAUAGAAACCAGACAAGCUAGCCAAGAAUCGAAAGAAGAAAUAACGAAGAACGGAGAUACCAUCAGCAAUGUCAAAACGAUCAAAGAAUCGGCCGAGAUGAUCGACGAUAACGGGAAAAUACUGUCGUCUAAGAGUCGAAGCGUCGAAAACGAAACGAAAUUUUUACCGGGCGAACAACAACGGGCACGUGUUGUUAAAUUUACCGAUGAUGUCAGGGAGGCAGGUGAAAGUACCGUCCUUGAUACCUCGAAUAAAUCGGGACAGUCUAACGUUUGGGACGGUACAUUUGUGCAGGAACGUAGCAAACCGUAUAACGUCAGAAAAAAUGAAAAUAUAAUGAUUGCCAACGUGUUGGACAGUGGAACGAUUGACGAAAGAGAUGUCGGGACAGGCAUUGAAAUCACCAACGAGCAAAGUUCGAAUACCAUGAGAGAGAUGUCCUCGAUAAUUGAGCAUACGUCGAAGGACAGUUCGAAAUUAUUAAUCGGUACUGCCGAUGUUCGUCGUAAGAAACUUGGUGAUUCUGCUUGGGAUGGUAGUUUCGUUUAUGAGAAACCUAGCGAUACGAAAAGAAGAGGUAAUAUGUCGGACAGCAGUGUUUUUAGGCAUAACAAUCAGGACGAUAUAAUCGAAUCGACGCAAAGAAGUGAUUACAAAGAAAAAAGUUUAGAUGGUACGUAUGAAAAAGAAUCGUCUAACGUCGUACAUGUUCGUGAAGGUUCGACCGAUACAUCGAGAUUUAUCUCGGAAGAGAAAACGAGUAGUUCGAAGGAAAGUCAAAUUUAUACGGAUCAGUCGAAGCUCUUAUCGAAAACCAGUGAUACCGAUAAAAAUGUUCAAUUAGAUAACAAACGAGGUAUCGAUAAAACCGUUGUUAGAAGAAACGACAAAUUACGAGACGUAAUUGACGUUCAAGAUGUAUCUGAUGAGCAACAGAGUCUAUCGAACAUGUCCGAAUUCGUGUCGACUUCUUACGUGGUCGAAUACGCGAGUUCGAGCGACGCCAAAAACAUCGAAUUGGUAAGUUCGGUAUCGGAAACGAUUCACGAGGAAGACGUUGAGAAUGUAGGUGUUACAAGAUCGUCGUCGAUUAAAAAGGAUCGAAGUUACAAGCCUGGCGAAUCGACCUGGGACGGUAGUUUCGUUUACGAAAGAUCACCGAAGUUGGAUCCUCGACGAAGACCAGCUGACGAGACGUUUGUGAUUCGUGACGUAAGUGAGGAUCAUUCGAUAAACGAAGCUGACAUUUCAACGACAUCUUACAUAGUCGAACAUUCCUCGAGUCAACAGAGUUUCACCGAUAUUAAGGACAGUUCAUCAUUGGAAACUAUUGUUCAUCAGAGUCCUCAAAGGUUAAUUGGUAAGCCCGGUUCAUCCAGUUGGGACGGUACAUUUGUUUUCGAGAAACCCGAGGACGUAAAAAGAUCAUCUAGUAGAAGCGAACAGAAGCAGAAGGUCAGUGAUUUAUCGAAACGAGGGGAAACUAAUGUUAGUAUUUCAUUGGAGGACAGGCCUAGGAAACACGUGAGCGACGUUACUCUCGAUAUUCACGAUAGAAGAACAUCGGAGACAUUUAGCGACACGCUAGUUAAGACGAAAAGUCAUGACAGUUACUACAGCGACUCGUCCAACCUUGAUUUCUCUACUACUUCCGUUGAAACGGUCGUUCAACGAGAUGGACAACAACCGGUGACGUCGAGUCAACGAACUAUUACGUUCGAAGAUCGACCUGAAACUCCCGACACUGGAAUAAGACAUACUACUGAGAAAUCGAAGGAAUCAUUGCAUGUUCAAGAUAGAACAUAUCGACCUAGCAAGCCAGGCUCGUCAACAUGGGAUGGUUCGUUCGUUUAUGAAAAAUUGGAUGAUAGGAAAACGUCAAGUUCGAUGAUCAUGAAGGAUAGUAAAGACUUUGUUAGCUCCACCGAAGUAAGAACAUCAACGAGUGAAAUUGUUAACUCAUCGAAAACUAUUGAAGAUAUUACCAGUGAUAAGAAACAUCUGAAGGAACUUAAUGGACCUCAGAGUCCGAUCGAUAGAUCGACUCGACCUUUGAAACCUGGUAUCUCAACCUGCGAUGAUUCUUUUGUUCACGAUAAAAAUAUAUCAAGUUCAGACUCGAGAACUUCGGUUACUUUGAAAGAUAUUUCCGAAGAUUUAACCAGUUCAACAAAAGUUAGAACUACUACGAGUGAGAUCAUCGAUUCUAUCGAUUCCUCGAAGACAGUUCAAGAUAUUUCUGAUGAAAAAAGAUUAAUCAAAGAAUCUAAAGGAUUUGAAGAUACAGAUAAAAGAGCUAAAAGUCCAGAAAAGAAAUCAAUAGAUAGAACGAUUCGACCUUCAAAGCCUGGUGCUUCAACCUGGGAUGGUUCGUUUGUUUAUGAAAAACCUCAGGAGUCUAAAAAGAAGCCAACAGAGAUUGAAAAAUCUUUAUUCUCUUCUCCCGAUCAAAAAAAGCCUGUAGAUGUCAAGCCAAUUUCACGAGCAUCUGUUGAUCAAGAAAUGAUCGAUAAAUCGAUCGAAAGAACAACGUUUUCGACUUUUAUGGAGGAUGUUAGAAAUGUCCAGGACAUUACCGACGUCACUGAUAUUACCACGUUCAAAUCAGAUUUAAAGGAUAUUAAAAACAUCACUGACGUCACCGAUGUCACUAUGUUCAAGUCUGACGUUCGAGAUAUCCACGAGGAACAUGUCAUCAGCGAGUUUAUCACGGAUAUACGCAAGGACAUUGUGAGAGAUGUCACAAAAUCAACGAAAGAAUUUAUCGACACAGAGCAGGUGACUAGUAUGGUAGCUCGAGAUGUCGUCGAUGAUACUCAGUUCGAGAAGAUCACCAGCUCAACUCCUAAAUCAACGACCGAUUCACCGAGAAAAACAUCCCCAGAAAGACUUGGUUAUCCUCAAGGAAUACCAGGAAUUAGGGAAGACGAUCGAACGAAAUCGAUUCCAGCUGCUGGAAAACCAUCUCGUCCUCAGCAACCAGAAAAAACUUCUACAGAUGAUUUCAAAAAGCCAACCGGCGAAAAAUCACGAGAUUACGUCUCACCAACGAGAAAGCAGCAACCAAUACCAGCAGCUGGGAAACCAAGCAGACCGGAAGAGAGAUCGCCAAGUCCAGAGAAGAUUGGAAAAGUUGGAAAAUUGUUGAUUCGUCCAGACGAAGAUAAACCGAUUGAAGGCAAAUCCAGUCGUCCAGAGGAUAGACCAGCUGCAGGGAAACCUAGUCGUCCCGAUGAAAAAUCAACUGCAAGCAAACCCAGUCGUCCUGAUGAAACUUAUGAAAGGCCAGCUGCAGGGAAACCUAGUCGUCCCGAUGAAAAAUCAACUGUAAUCAAACCCAGUCGUCCUGAUGAAACUUAUGAAAGGCCAGCUGCUGGAAAACCCAGUCGUCCCGAUGAAAAAUCAACUGCAAGCAAACCCAGUCGUCCUGACGAAAGAUCAACUAUAGAAAAACCCAGUUAUUUUGAUGAACCUGAUGAAAGAUCACCUGAAAGCAAACCCAUUCGUCCAGAGCAUAGACCAGCUGCAGGCAAACCCAGUCGACCAGUUACAGACAAAUUCAGUCAUUUUGAUGAACCUGAUGAUAUAUCAAUUGAAGAUAAACCCAGUUAUCCCGAUGAAAGACCGGCUGCAGGCAAACCCAGUCAUUCUGAUGAAAAAUCAAUUAUAGGAAAAUUCGAUCGUCCUGACGAAAAACCAGGAAAACAUAGACGUGGUGAUCAAUCACCGGAUUCUCUUGCUGAAUCAGAAAUAACUCCAACACCAUCAGAAAUUCUUUCGCGUAUACCAUUAAAGGAACAGUGCAUCUGUGAACUCUGUACUUGUGGACGACAUCGUUGUCCGCAUAAUCUCCCCGAAGAUCAUUUAGACAUUUCACGCGAUGAGCCAGUAUACACAGUCAGUUCAUAUCGUGAAGAAUUUGAUGAGAAACACGUGGAGAGACAGCACAGAUACCACCAUGAAGAUCAUUUACACAUGGAGGGUGAAUUUGUAGGAGAGAGACGUAGCGAUUACGUGGCCACUUAUGGCGAGAGAGCACCUGUAAGAAAACCACAAGACCAUCUGAAACCUGAGGGUGAGUUUAUCGGAAGGCCAAAGAUAGAAGCACCGACCCGAGGUGAAAGGGCACCAACCAGAAAGCCACAGGACAAUCUUAAACCAGAAGGUGAAUUUAUUGGAAGGCCACAUGAGGAAGCUCCUAAAUAUGGCGAACGUGUUCCAGUUGUUAAACCAAAAGACAAUCUCAGACCUGAAGGCGAUUUUGAAAGUGUGACAACAACAGAGCUGGUGUUCACCGGGGUACCCGGCGAACGGCCAAGCCCAGUACGUCGAAAUACAUAUACUAAGGUUGAAGGUGAAUUCAUUGAUGAAACAACAACGAGAUCAGAAUAUAUUGAUCAUCGUAGCAUCCAACGUGCGGAGAUUAUUAAACGUACGGAUAACCUCACCGUAGGAGAGGGUGAAUUCACGGGAACCUCCCAUUUAAAAGAGGAUUUCCAUAAGUAUGAUGUCGUUGAACGUGAGCCAAGACGUCGUCCAAUUUAUACAGAAGAAGAUGACAGAUUUUACAGUAAGACUGAUGUUGUUGAGAGUACGACUACUACACAGGAAGAAUAUAAAACAUUCGAUGAAGUUGAUUACAUUAGUACUACGAUUCUGAGACGUGACGAUAAUUUAAGACCGGAAGGACCGUUCGAAUGGACAUCACAUGUAAAAGAUGAUUACAUCGUGCCGGCGAUAACGCAUAGACCUGAACAGAAAAGACCUAAGGAUAACUUGAGACCAGAAGGACCGUUCGAGGGAAGACCAAGAGAUGAUUAUAAACCAACUUGGGGUGAAAGAGCUGACGUUAAGAGGCCAGAGGACAAUUUGAGACCAGAAGGACCAUUCGAGGGACGCCCUAAAGAUGAUUAUAGUCCAAAACGUGUGGACAGACCAGAAGUUAAACGUCCUGAAGAUAAUUUGAGACCAGAAGGUCUGUUUGAAGGAAGACCAAGAGAUGAUUAUAAACCAACUUGGGGUGAAAGAGCUGACGUUAAGCGGCCAGAGGACAAUUUGAGACCAGAAGGACCAUUCGAGGGACGACCUAAAGAUGAUUACAGUCCAAAACGUGCAGAUAGACCAGAAGUUAAACGUCCUGAAGAUAAUUUGAGACCAGAAGGUCUGUUUGAAGGAAGACCAAGAGAUGAUUAUAAACCAACUCGGGGUGAAAGAGCUGACGUUAAGAGGCCAGAGGACAAUUUGAGACCAGAAGGACCGUUCGAGGGUCGACCUAAAGAUGAUUACAGUCCAAAACGUGCAGAGAGACCAGAAGUUAAACGUCCUGAAGAUAAUUUAAGACCGGAGGGUAUAUUUGAGGGAAGACCUAGGGAUGAUUAUAAACCCACUCGAGGAGAAAGAGCUGACGUUAAACGGCCUGAAGAUAAUUUGAGACCAGAAGGACCGUUCGAGGGUCGUCCCAAAGAUGAUUAUAGUCCAAAACGUGUGGACAGACCAGAAGUUAAACGUCCUGAAGAUAAUUUGCGUCCUGAAGGUCCAUUUGAAGGUAGACCAAGAGAUGAUUACAAACCAACUCGUGGCGAAAGGGCCGAUGUUAAGCGACCUGAAGAUAAUUUGAAACCAGAAGGACCAUUCGAAGGUCGUCCCAAAGAUGAUUAUUCCCCGAAACGUGCAGAGAGACCUCACGUAAUACGUCCAGAAGACAAUUUAAGACCAGAAGGACCAUUCGAAGGUCGUCCCAAAGAUGAUUACAUGCCAACAAGAGGUGAGAGAGCUGAUGUUAAACGGCCAGAAGAUAACUUGCGACCAGAAGGGCCAUUUGAAGGUCGUCCCAAAGAUGACUAUUCACCAAAACGUGCAGAAAGACCAGACGUGAAACGUCCAGAAGAUAAUUUGAGACCAGAGGGUGUAUUCGAAGGGAAGCCUAGGGAAGAUUACAGACCAACUCGAGGUGAAAGGGCAGAUGUUAAGAGACCUGAGGAUAAUUUGAGACCAGAAGGCCCAUUCGAAGGUCGUCCUAAGGAUGAUUAUUCGCCUAAGCGUGCAGAAAGACCUCAUGUAAUACGUCCAGAAGACAAUUUAUAUCCAGAAGGACUAUUCGAGGGUCGUCCCAAAGAUGAUUACAUGCCUACCAGAGGUGAGAGAGCUGAUGUCAAACGUCCAGAGGAUAAUUUAAGACCGGAAGGUCCAUUCGAAGGUCGUCCCAAAGAUGACUAUUCACCAAAACGAGCAGAACGACCAGAAGUAAAGCGUCCGGAGGAUAAUCUCCGACCAGAAGGUGAUUUCGAUAGGCCAAUAAAAUCUCCAGUAGGGCCAGCUGAACGUCGUUCCCCGAUCAAACACCCAGACAAUUUGAAAACUGAAGGUGACUUCAUUGGUAGACCUAAAGAUGAUUUUAGACCUACCAAAGGUGAACGUGCUGAUGUUAAGAAACCUCAAGAUCAUCUCAGACCUGAAGGCCCGUUCGAAGGUCGUCCUAAGGAUGAUUAUUCGCCUAAACGCGCAGAAAGACCUCAUGUAAUACGUCCAGAAGACAAUUUAUAUCCAGAAGGACCAUUCGAGGGUCGUCCCAAAGAUGAUUACAUGCCUACCAAAGGUGAAAGGGCUGAUGUCAGACGUCCAGAGGAUAAUUUAAGACCGGAAGGUCCAUUCGAAGGUCGUCCCAAAGAUGACUAUUCACCAAAACGAGCAGAACGACCAGAAGUAAAACGUCCGGAGGACAAUCUCCGACCAGAAGGUGAUUUCGAUAGACCAGAAAAAUCUCCAGUAGGACCAGCUGAACGUCGUUCACUGAUCAAACAUCCAGACAAUCUCAAACCCGAAGGUGACUUCAUUGGUAGACCUAAAGAUGACUUUAAACCAACCAAAGGUGAACGUGCCGAUAUUAAGAAACCAGAAGAUCAUCUUAGACCUGAAGGUCCAUUCGAAGGUCGUCCUAAAGAUGAUUACGUUACAACUCGUGGUGAACGCAUGGAUAUUGUCAGACGUACUGAUAACUUGCGAAUGGAAGGUGAUAUCGAAACUUAUAGAUCACGUGACGAAUACACUGAUUUCAUUGUACGUGAACGUACGGAAGUUGUCAAGUAUCAGGAUAAUUUAAGAAUGGAAGGCAAAUUCACUGAUAUCAGAACCAGAGACGAUUUCAAAGUUGUCAAAGGUGAUCGAGCUGACAUCGUACGUCACCCUGAUAACCUCAAAUCCGAAGGUCCUUUCGAAGGUUAUCCCAAGGAUGAUUAUUCACCGAAAAAAGCUGAACGUCCGGAAAUAAAAAGACCGGAAGACAAUUUGAAACCGGAAGGAGAAUUUAUAGGCCGUCCGAAAGAAGAAACACCUAAACGUGGCGAAAGAGCUGAUGUCAAAAAACCCAAGGAUAACUUAUAUCCCGAAGGUGAUUUCGAGAGACCAGAAAAAAUCCCAAUGGGUCCUAGCGAAAGAAGAUCACCUAUCAAACAUCCAGAUAAUCUCAAACCUGAAGGUGAAUUUAUGUCAAGGCCUAAAGAAGAGGCACCGAAGAAAGGUGACAGAGCUGAAGUUAAAAGACCUAAAGACAAUCUGAGAUCUGAAGGUGAUUUUGAACGUCCUGAACAUGAAGAGUAUCAGCCAGCUGAAAGGCCAGAAAUUAAAAAACCCAAAGAUAAUCUGAAACCUGAAGGUGAAUUUGAUAGACCUCAGACAAAGAAGUUUGGACCCGCUGAAAAGAGGACUCCUAUCAAACAUCCGGAUAAUUUGAAGCCGGAAGGUGAAUUUUUAGGUAGACCUAAAGAAGAAGCACCAAAACGUGGUGAAAGAGUUGACGUUAAGAAACCAAAAGAUAACUUACAUCCAGAAGGUGAAUUCGAUAGACCUGUUAAGUCUCCGGCUAAACCUGCAGAGAAACGUUCACCUAUAAAGCAUCCUGAUAAUCUCAAACCCGAAGGAGACUUCAUAGGUAGACCUAAAGAUGAUUUUAGACCUACCAAGGGUGAACGUGCCGAUGUUAAGAAACCCGAAGAUCAUCUCAAACCAGAAGGUCCAUUCGAGGGUCGUCCUAAAGAUGAUUACGUAACAACUCGUGGUGAACGGAUGGACGUUAUCAAACGUAUUGAUAAUCUGCGAAUGGAAGGUGAUAUCGAGACUUAUAGAUCACGUGACGAAUAUACAGAUUUCAUCAUACGUGAACGUGCCGAAGUCGUCAAGUACCAGGACAAUUUAAGAAUGGAAGGUGAAUUCACUGAUAUUAGAACCAGAGAUGAUUUCAAAGUCGUCAGAGGUGAACGAGUAGAUAUCGUCAGGCACGAAGAUAAUCUCAAAUCUGAAGGUCUUUUCGAAGGUCGGCCCAAGGAUGAUUAUUCACCAAAGAAAGUGACCAGACCAGAAAUUAAAAAACCGGAAGAUAACUUGAAACCGGAAGGUGAAUUUGAGAGGCCUGAAAAGACACCGGUUGGACCAGCAGAACGUAGAUCGCCUAUCAAACACGAUGACAAUCUGAAGCCUGAAGGUGAAUUUAUUGGUCGUCCAAAAGAACAGGUACCUAAGAAAGGUGAACGAGCUGACGUAAAGAAACCUAAAGACAAUCUAAAGCCGGAAGGAGACUUUGAAAGGCCAGAGAAAAAGCCUGUUGGCCCAGCUGAAAGAAGAACACCGAUAAAACACGCGGACAAUUUGAAACCCGAAGGUGAGUUUGUUCAGAGGCCUAAAGAAGUGACACCUGGCAAAGGUGAUCGAGCAGCUAUCAAGAAACCUAAAGACAAUUUGAAACCAGAAGGUGAAUUUGAUAGACCAGAGAAGACAACGGUUGGACCAGCUGAGAGAAGAACGCCUAUCAAACGUCCUGAUAAUCUUCAUCCAGAAGGUGAAUUUGUAGGUCGUCCGAAAGAGAAAACACCCGGGAAAGGUGAAAGAGCUGAUGUCACUAGACCUAAAGAUAAUCUUCGUCCCGAAGGAACAUUCGAGAGACCAGAGAAAAUCUCUGUUGGACCAGCUGAAAGACGAUCACCGAUCAAACACGAGGAUAAUCUUCAUCCCGAAGGUGAAUUUGUUGGUAGACCUAAAGAUGAUUUCACACCGAAACGUGCUGAACGUCCUGUCCAAAAGAGACCAAAGGACAAUCUCAAACCCGAAGGUGAAUUUGUUGGCAAACCAAAAGACGAUUACAAACCUGGCAAACCAGAAAAGACUGAGAUCGUAAUUCAUCGUGAUAAUUUGAAGAUGGAGGGUGAUAUUCACGUACAUAGAUCAAGAGACGAUUACACUACAACAUCCAGAAUUGAACGGACAGAUGUCAUUCGUAGAGAAGAUAAUCUCAAAGUGGAAGGUGAAUUUGUUGAUAUUCGAAGACGUGACGAUUACAAAGUAACGCGUGGCGAACGAAGCGAAAUAAUCAGACACGAAGACAAUCUUCGUCCAGAAGGUGACUUCGAACGUCCCGAAAAGAAACCAGUAGGUCCAGCAGAGAGAAGGACACCGAUCAAACACCCGGACAACUUGAAACCUGAAGGUGAUUUUGUUCAAAGACCGAAAGAAUCAACGCCUGGCAAAGGUGACAGAGCAAUUAUCAAGAAGCCCAAAGAUAAUCUGAAACCGGAAGGUGAGUUUGAUAGACCCGAGAAGACAAUAGUUGGGCCUGCCGAACGAAGGACACCAAUCAAGCAUCCUGACAAUCUUCAUCCAGAAGGUGAUUUCAUCGGUAGACCUAAAAAAGAGAUACCAGGUCGUGGCGAUCGAGCUGAUGUUAAGAAACCAAAGGACAAUCUUCGUCCAGAAGGUGAAUUUACUAAACGUUCGCCGAAGAAAGUCGAACCAGCUGAGAAACGUGGUCCGAUUCGACACGAAGACAAUUUGCACGUAGAAGGAGAGUUUUAUAUCGUCCCGAAGGAUGAUUAUAGUCCUCAGAAAGCUGAACGUUCACCGAUCAAAAAGCCACAGGAUAAUCUUAAACCUGAAGGUGAAAUGCAGAUAAUGCCAACUUCGAAAGAAGAUUACAAGUAUACAAAUGGUGAAAGAGUGGAAGUACGUCGUCACGAAGAUCAUUUACGUAUGGAAGGUGAUAUAGAUGUUCGACGAUCUAGAGACGAUUACAAAAAGAUCACCAAAGUCGAACGAGUAGAUAUAAGGAAAAGAGAGGAUCAUUUAAGAAUGGAAGGUGAAUUUAUAGACGUUCGAAGAAAGGACGAUUACACGUACGUUGCUGGCGACCGAGUGUCUGUUAAAAGACAGUUGGAUAAUUUACGUCCCGAAGGGGACUUCGAUAGACCCCAGAAGAGUCAGUUGGGUCCAGCCGAACGAAGAUCACCUAUCAAACACCCUGACAAUCUGAAACCAGAAGGUGACUUCGAACGUAGGAUACCGGAAAAGAUAAAACCGGGUGAGAGACGUUCGCCCAUUCGUCAUGUAGAUAAUCUGAAGACGGAAGGUGAUUUUAUAGGUCGUCCACGUGAUGAUUACACAGUGAAACGUGGUGAGAGAAGCGAGGUUAUCAAGAGAGAAGAUAAUUUGAAGCUGUCAGGUGAUUUCCAGGGUACCACCAUGCAAAAAUCGACUUAUACCGCGGUACGUGGCGAACGAGCUGAAGUCAAACGUCACGAAGAUAAUCUCAAGGUCAGUACUGAUAGUAUGGAGACAAAGACAACCAGCAAGGACACGUUCACACCUAUAAAGAAGGAUUUGUCGCCUGGUGAUAAACAAAUAAGUCGAAGACGUCACAUGGAAUCGUCGAUCAAUUUAGGUGAUGACACUAGCGUCAUGACAACGACCAAUCAGAGGAAUUACAACACUUAUACCAAACGUACUGGUAAAGAAGUUGCCGCACAGAUCAGCAAUCUCGAGUCGGAUACCAGAAGGAGUAUUUCCGAAGUGAAAAGGACUACGACUUCGGCGCAAUCGGAUCAACGCGUCUCUUCGGCUCAUACUGUACAUCAACAGACUAUUAUCGACCGUCGUAAUGUCCAAGCAAUCAACAACGAACAACAUCAUCAUCAACAUCAUCUUCUUCAUCAACAGCAACAACAACAACAACAACACUUGAACGAACAUCAACAGAGAAUCUAUUCCAGCGAACAACACUCUAGAUCACAAAAUCGCCGUACGUUAGAAGAUAAAUCUGUAGAUCAUCAAUCUCGUCAAGGCCAGCUCGUAAAGGACAACAAACAGAUUCAAGAUACACACAGACAGGUUCAGGAGAGCAGUAAACGCGACUAUGUAAAUUCCAUGCAUAUGGAGAAACGUCAGACAAGUGCCAGCAGACAUUCCAAACAACAUUACGAUCAACAUACCAUAUCUAGCCAAGCGAGAUACAACGGUAACCAAGCUAAUAGCACGGAAUUCAAACAAGCAAUAUCUGGAUCCUCGAUCGUGAACGAUGGAUCCCAAGAACAGUCGGCUUAUACAAAGACGUCUCAUCAUAGAAAAAAUAUCAUUUCGUCGUCGUCGGCCGAUGUAACCAAUUCCGUUCUUCAUCGUCGCAGUGGCAUGACGACGUCUACUGAAGCAUUACAUACGAUAUCCUCUACGGCAGCUGAUCAGAAAAAGAGUCUUUCCAAUCUCGCUGAAAGUGGACAAUACAUAAGCAAUUCGAGUCAGAGCAGCGACAGACGUAGCUUGACCUCGUUACACCGUAAUAACAAGGAAGCCAAUCUUUGGGCAUCCUCGACUUACGAAAGACCACAGCGAAUCAUCAGGCAGGACAAUUUGACCGUCGGUGGCAAAUUUUAUUCCCAUAGCGAGGCCAAAACUUAUGGGAAUUUUGUCAAUACUCAAAAAAUCGAAAGAGUACAAAAGCAAUCGAACGUAUCGCACAUUAAAUUGGGCGACGGCAAUGUUGUGACGUCCAGCAUGUAUAAAAAGGAAUACGCACCUAAACACAAAGGUCCAUGUCCAGCAUCCCUGAUCGAAUCGAAACAAACCCCCUUCAAACAUACCAGGGACACUCCCAAACAUAAAUUUUACAUGCCACUUGUUUCGAAUUAAAUUAUUGGAUCGGAUCUUUUUCGAAUUUUCAUUCUUUCUCUUUUUCUUUUUUUUUUGUUUUCUUUUUUUUUCUCCGUCAAAUUUUUCUUUCUUCUU